AUGUUUAUGCUCGGGGAGUGUGGAGGGGACAAGGUGACGAUAACUCGGGACAAGUUGACGAUAACUCAGGACAAGGUGACGAUAACUAGGGACAGGGUGACGAUAACUCGGGACAAGUUGGCGAUAACUACGGACAAGGUGACGAUAACUAGGGACAAGUUGGCGAUAUCUCGGGACAAGGUGGCGAUAACUAGGGACAAGGUGACGAUAACUCGGGACAAGGUGACGAUACCUCAGGACAAGUUGGCGAUAACUAGGGACAAGGUGUCGAUAACUAGGGACAAUUUGGCGAUAACUAGUGACAAGGUGACGAUAACUAGGGACAAGUUGGCGAUAACUUGGGACAAGUUGGCGAUAACUAGGGACAAGGUGACGAUAACUAGGGACAAGGUGACAAUAACUCGGGAUAAGUUGCCGAUAACUAGGGACAAGGUGUCGAUAACUAGGGACAAGGUGACGAUAACUAGGGAUAAGUUGGCGAUAACUUGGGACAAGUUGGCGAUAACUAGGGACAAGGUGACGAUAACUAGGGACAAGGUGACAAUAACUCGGGAUAAGUUGCCGAUAACUAGGGACAAGUUGGCGAUAACUAGGGACAAGGUGACGAUAACUAGGGAUAAGUUGGCGAUAACUAGGGACAAGGUGACGAUAACUCAGGACAAGUUGGCGAUAACUAGGGACAAGGUGACGAUAACUAGGGACAAGUUGGCACUAUUUACUAUUUAG